AUGUAUGUUGCCGGAUUUUACUACAAUAACGGAAACUACCGCGGAUUCGGAGACUCGAAGAUAAUUCCUGGCGUUGAUAUGAAGAAAAUUGACGCACUGAUGCGGUCGAGUGAAGCUGCCAAGGUUUCGCCAUCAUUUCUGAGGACUUGGGAAAUAGUACAACCCGUUAUGGGCACCCUCGAG